AUGUUCACCACCAACGCCCAGAUCCACCAGUUUGGUGGCAUCCUCCACAAAUUGAGCCACGACUCAACCUCCACCAACACCAAAAUGGACGUCAAUGUGUUCGUGCCUCCCUCAUCACCCGCCAAAUCCAUUCCAGUGUUGGUGUACUUGUCAGGAUUGACUUGUACUCCCAACAACGCCACUGAGAAGUCAUUCCUCCAGUACUUCGCCUCCAAGUAUGGCUUUGCCGUGGUGUUCCCCGACACCUCGCCUAGAGGCGCUGGUAUUGCUGGAGAAGACGACUCGUGGGAUUUUGGCACGGGGGCUGGCUUCUACGUGGACGCCACCCAGGAGCCAUGGAGCACCCACUACAACAUGUACUCGUACGUGCACAAGGAGUUGCCAGCAGCAUUGGCUCAGCACUUUGGCCAGCUCGACUUCGCCACCGUGUCAAUCACUGGCCACUCCAUGGGAGGCUACGGAGCGUUGACAGGCUUCUUACGUAAUCCGGGUGUCUACCGCUCAGUGUCUGCGUUUGCACCCAUCUCCAACCCCCUGAACUGUGCCUGGGGCGAAAAGGCGUUUGGCAACUACUUAGGCGCCGACAAGAACACCUGGUACAACUACGACCCCACCCAUUUGAUUAAAAGCUAUACCCACGCCAAUCAACCCGACAUCUUGAUCCAACAGGGGUCUCUGGACUCGUUCUACGCCAAGGACCACCAGCUCCAGCCAGAAAACUUUGCUGCGGCUGCCAAGGACGCCGGUUACGCUGGCAAGAUCGACUUGCACAUCGUGGAAGGCUACGACCAUUCGUACUUCUUCAUCAGCUCGUUCGUGGAGGAGCACGCCAAGCACCACGCCAAGCACUUGGGAUUGAUCCAAUGA